AUGGACGAAGACACCGACGGCCCAGCAGCACAUGAUACUGCAGAUUUCGCCGGGGAAGAUACCGAUGUCCUUGAUUUUGGGGAUUCAGACCAGUCUGAUUCGAUGCAGGAAUCCAUGGAAGGGGCUUUGAUGUCGACCAACUUUGGUCUAGUUGACCUGGAAGUUGAUACGAUGGAUGGGCUUGUCGACCCGGCUCUAGAGUCUACACCAACCCAAAACAUGUUUAUCCAGGGAAAUGAUGACGAGACGGACAUUCCCGAGGCGCUCAUCGAACGUCCGGACAUCAUGUCCUCCAUGCUAUCAAAUCGUCACUUAUCCAUCACUAUUGGCAGCAGUUAUGCGUCCGAAUACUUUCGCAAUGCACAUCCCAUGUGGCCUUUUCUGCACCAGAAGCAAUGGGACGACUGCUGGCGACGCUGGGAAAGUCCCAUUGGCUACAAUACUGGGGCUGCUUGGAUGGACUUUUUUGCAGACAUGGUUUUGUCUAUAGGGGCACUACUUGCCCAGAACUCUGAUCCGGCACCAGAACAUCUAGAGUCGUUCAAGCAUCUCAAAGAUAGAGCGCUCCAGAAAUAUGAGUCGCACGAGAGGUCAGGCUGGUCAGCACUCUUGCGGACGCAAUCGUCAUUACUUCUCACCAUCCAGGCCAUGCAUAUGGACUCGGUCGGUACCAUGUGCGAUCGAGCUUCGGAAGCGAUUAAGCAGUGCACCAUCACAAAGCUGCAGAGACAGUCAAAUCAGAUGCCGUAUAACACCCCCAACGAUAUCCAGGACGAGAUCCAAAGGCAGGCAACUCGGUGUUGCUAUACCAUAGAUGUCCUAAUCAGCAGCUCGACCGACCAGAUGGUGACGGCUGAUAGGUUCUUGGACGAAGAUCUCCUGGACGAUGACAGUACUCCUGGAGAUGCGUCGUCGCCAGAAACCACUAUGAGAAGGUUGAAUCACGAGGACCACAUGUUUCAACUCCGUCGCAUUCAGUAUCGCAUAUUAAAGCUUGUGCAAAAGCUCGAAAAACAGGCCCACAGAGACCAUCACCCAGUGCCCAACUUGUGGCGAUCGCAAAUCCGACACCGCUUAGAUCGAUGGGUCGACGAUAUUGUAAUGUUUUCAGGCUCGGAAAGAACCCUGGAUCGAUUCAAAUCUCAAACAUGGCUAUUGAAGUUGGCCAAUUACGCAACGAUAUCUCUGUUUCCCAAUCCACACCUGGCAGUUCGAAGUGGCGAUGCGCGGCAUCUCGUGACGGCAGCUUGUCAGGUUCUUGUAACUUUUCGACGUUUCCGCGUCAGAGAGCAUCUUUCAUGCUAUACUUGGACAGCAUUGAUUCACCAAUUUCAAGCCGGUGUCAUUAUGCUGUACUGCCUCUGGGCAACGCCGACUCACCAGCAGCUCUCCUUGUACGAUCGUCGCUCCGUAUGCCGAGCCCUCUUUGCCUGUUCUGCCACAUUGGUAGACUACGCCAACAAAUGGACAUCGGCACAUGUCUUUCAAAACGUCUUUGACCUCUUGACCGAGGAAAUCCCCAUUAGCGAGUACGGCGAUCCCAUGCAACAAUGGACAUUUUCGCCAGACAGCUGUACGGAACUUCUCAGGCUGAGCCGGGAGCUCGAGAGACUCCAGGUGCAGAGGAAAGUGGUAUCUUUAUUGCGAGAUAUGGCCAGGGGCUCUCGGCCGUGCUACAGUGCGCCAUCGAUUGAGGAGACGCAGUGGAUACAAUACAUACACCCUGAUCGGGAUACUGAUGAUUUGAUCCAGUCAUCCUUCAUAUAG